AGCUCCGGAAGCCAUGGAGGCUAUCCAACCUCCAAUGGAGAUGGAAGAGGCAUCAGAGGAGAAUGGUGGAGGAGUGGCCUCUGAGGCUCCAGAAGCAGCAGCUGCGACAGCAUACAACAUGCCUCUGGCGGAGAAUGAGGAGGAAGAGGACGGAGAGUUUCCGGCGGACUUUGACCGACUCUGGAAGCUGGCCCAUGACAAUCCACAGGACUUCUCUAGCUGGACUGACCUGCUGCAGUACUGUGAGCAAGAGGUGAGAAGAGCUGAGGGGACACACAAGACUCUUAUUGCCAUUUUGUCAUACAUCCAAAGCUCUUCUGCAUGAAUAAUACAUAGAUAACUAUACCACUGUUGUUCAGAUGUGUUGAAGUGGAAACCAACACUUCACACAAAUAAUGAUGGAAACUAAACUGACAACUAAACUCACUUGUUACUUAGUGAAUUUGCAGCUAACCCAGAUUUCUAAUUGUCCCCAGAGUCACAUGACAGCAUCACGUCGAGCGCUGGUUGCCUUUCUGGCACGGUACCCACUGUGCUACGGAUACUGGAAGAAGUUUGCCGACCUGGAGCGACGUGCUGGCUACACCAACAAAGCUCAGGAGGUAUGAGGAUGAUGAGGAGGAGGAGUGUGUUUGGCACAUGGAUGUGUGUCUUGUUAUGUGGCCUACUGACUGCCAUGUUUCAUAGCCAUUGACAAAAAAGGCACAUUCUUCUUCUCUCUUGCAGUAUGUAAUGGCUUUAGUUCCAUAACAUUCAUGUGUGAUGUUGUUUUGUGUUGUUCCAGGUGUGUGUUCAGGGUCUGAAGGCCAUCCCCCUGAGUGUAGAUCUGUGGAUCCACUACAUUAACCUGCUACUGGGCACGCUCAACAUGAACCUGCCAGAGUCUUCUCAGCGCAUUCGCAGGUACAUACUCCUAUACUCUUAAACUCACAGUAUCACACUUAUACACAUUCAACGCUAGCCAGCUUUUUUCUUUCAAUAUUAGCCGGAACACUCCACAUUUUUUAAUUCAGUACUUAUUCUCAUCCGCAGACUUAAUGUUCAAAUAAAGAUAAGGAGCCCUAACUCUUUUGAUAUAAAUCAGAAAUCAGCCUGAUCCUUGUCUCUUGUCUCUUCUCCCCAGUGCGUUUGAGGAGGCGGUGGUGGCAGCUGGACUGGACUUCCACUCUGACCGUCUGUGGGAGCUGUACAUCGAGUGGGAGAAGGAGCAGGGAGACAUGAAGGCUGCCACUGGGGUCUACGACAGAGUCCUCAGAGUCCCCACUCAGCUGUACAGCAGCCACUAUGAGAAGUGAGACUAUAGAAGUGGUCCUCUGUAGCUCAGCUGGUAGAGCACGGCGCUUGUAACGCCAAGGUAGUGGGUUCGAUCCCCGGGACCACCCAUACACAAAAAAUGUAUGCCUACAUGACUGUAAGUCGCUUUGGAUAAAAGCGUCUGCUAAAUGGCAUAUUAUUAUUAUUAUUAUUAUUAUUAUUAUUAUUAUACACAUUCACAAACAGUAGAGCUUCAAAUCAGUCAAAACUCUGAACUAUAGGGCCUCCCUAAUGGCGCAGCGGUCUAAGGCACUGCAUCACUACAGACCCUGGUUUGUUCCCGGGCUGUAUCACAACCGGCCGUGAUCGGGAGUCCCAUAGGGCGGCGCACAAUUUGCCCAGUGUCGUCCGGGUUAGGGGAGGGUUUGGCCGGGGGGGCUUUACAUGGCUCAUCGCGCUCUAGCGACUCCUUGUGGCGGGCCGGGCGCCUGAAGGCUGACCUCGUCGUCAGGAGAACAGUGUUUCCUCCGACACAUCGGUGCGGCUGGCUUCUGGGUUAAGCGGGCGGGUCAUGUUUCGAAGGACACAUGACUCGACCUUUGCCUCCCGAGCCCGUUGGGGAGUUGCAGCGAUGAGACGAUUGAAAAUUGGGGAGAAAAAAAUAAUUAUUCAACUAUAAAACCGUAACCUUUUAUUCAAUUCUAGAUUUUGGUAAUUGUAUGAUUAUCAAAAUCACUUCUCAAUCGGGACCUCAUAUUUGCUGAACCGGUGAAUCUUCUCCACUCUCUCCAUCCCUCCUCUCUCUUACAGAUUCAAGACUCAUCUUAAUGCCCAUGCGCCCAAGGACGUCCUCUCAGCAGAGGAGUAUGAGGGGUUGCUUGAGGAAUCUAAACAGAGCCACAAGACUGAGAAGUCUGAGUUGGCUGAGGGGGAAGAUGAGUUACCACCUGGGGAAGAGAAGGAACCUACAGAGGUGGUUUACAAAUGACAAAUCACUAGUAGUUUUGGAUAAAGAUUUAACAUGAGAUUUAACAUGCUGCCAUAAUAGCAUAUAGUGGAGACAUUUCAAGCUGUGGAGUGAGGUUAUGGUAUAGGAUCUUAACUUUGUUACUGAUUUAAAAGUCUGUCAUCAUAACUGUCAUGUUAUGUUUCACCCAAUCAGGAAGAGCUGAUUCCGAAGAUGCGAGAGCUCCUAUUGGCUCGCAGGGAGAAGGUGUACCAAGAUCUGGAGGGAGAGGUCAGGAAGAGGUGGAACUUUGAGGACGCUGUGAGUUACCCCUGAAACACAUAAACACGCAUCCCUUGCAACUCAGAAGCAAUGAUUGAAGCGUGAUACACUACAUAUACAAAAGUAUGUGGACACCCCUUCAAAUUAGUGGAUUCGGUUAUUUCAGCCACACCUGUUGCUGACAGGUGUAUAAAAUCGAGCACACCACCAUGCAAUCUCCAUAGACAAACAUUGGCAGUAGAAUGGCCUUACUGAAGAGCUCAGUAACUUUCAAAUGGUACCGUCAUAGGAUGCCACCUUUCCAACAAGUCAGUUCGUCAAAUUUCUGCCUAGCUAGAGCUGUCCCGGUUAACUGUAAGUGCUGUUAUUGUGAAGUGGAAACGUCUAGGAGCAAUAACGGCUCAGCCGCUAAGUGGUAGACCACACAAGCUCACAGAACGGGACCACCGAGUGCUGUAGCGCGUAAAAAUUGUCUGUCCUUGGUUGCAACACUCACUACCGAGUUCCAAGCUGCCUCUGGAAGCAACGUCAGCAGAAGAACUGUUCGUCGGGAGCUUCAUGAAAUGGGUUUCCAUGGCUGAGCAGCCGCACACAAGAAUAAGAUCACCAUACAUUUUUACAUUUUACAUUUUAGUCAUUUAGCAGACGCUCUUAACCAGAGCGACUUACAGGAGCAAUUAGGGUUAAGUGCCUUGCUCAAGGGCACAUUAACGUCAUUUAGCAGACACUCUUAGCCAGAGCGACUCACAAAUUGGUGCGUUCACCCUAUAGCCAGUGGGAUAACCACUUUACAAUUUGGGGGGGGGGGUUAGAAGGAAUACUUUAGCCUAUCCCAGGUAUUCCUUAAAGAGGUGGGGUUUCAAAUGUCUCCGGAAGGUGGUGAGUGACUCCGCUGUCCUGGCGUCGUGAGGGAGCUUGUUCCACCAUUGGGGUGCCAGAGCAGCGAACAGUUUUGACUGGGCUGAGGGGGAGCUGUGCUUCCGCAGAGGAAGGGGAGCCAGCAGGCCAGAGGUGGAUGAACGCAAUGUCCUCGUUUGGGUGUAGGGACUGAUCAGAGCCUGAAGGUACAGGGGUGCCGUUCCCCUCACUGCUCCAAAGGCAAGCACCAUGGUCUUGUAGCGGAUGCGAGCUUCAAUUGGAAGCCAGUGGAGUGUGCGGAGGAGGGGGGUGACGUGAGAGAACUUGGGAAGGUUGAACACCAGACGGGCUGCGGCAUUCUGGAUGAGUUGUAGGGGUUUAAUGGCACAGGCAGGGAGCCCAGCCAACAGCGAGUUGCAGUAGUCCAGACGGGAGAUGACAAGUGCCUGGACCAGGACCUGCGCCGCUUCCUGUGUAAGGCAGGGUCGCACUCUCCGAAUGUUGUAGAGCAUGAACCUGCAGGAGCGGGUCACCGCCUUGAUGUUGGCGGAGAACGACAGGGUGUUGUCCAGGGUCACGCCUAGGCUCUUCGCACUCUGGGUGGAGGACACAGCGGAGUUGUCUACCGUGAUGGCGAGAUCAUGGAACGGGCAGUCCUUCCCGGGGAGGAAGAGCAGCUCCGUCUUGCUAGGGUUCAGCUUGAGGUGGUGAUCCGUCAUCCAUACUGAUAUGUCUGCCAGACAUGCAGAGAUGCGAUUCGCCACCUGGUGAUCAGAAGGGGGAAAGGAGAAGAUUAGUUGUGUAUCGUCAGCGUAGCAAUGAUAGGAAAGGCCAUGUGAGGAUAUGACAGAGCCAAGUGACUUGGUGUAUAGGGAGAAAAGGAGAGGGCCCAAAACCGAUCCCUGGGGGACACCAGUGGUGAGAGCACGUGGUGCGGAGACAGCUUCCCGCCACGCCACUUGGUAGGAGCGACCGGUCAGGUAGGACGCAAUCCAGGAGUGAGCCGCGCCGGAGAUGCCCAUUUCGGAGAGGGUGGAGAGGAGGAUCUGAUGGUUCACAGUAUCAAAGGCAGCAGACAGAUCUAGAAGGACAAGAGCAGAGGAGAGAGAGUUAGCUUUAGCAGUGCGGAGAGUCUCUGUGACACAGAGAAGAGCAGUCUCAGUUGAAUGACCAGUCCUGAAACCUGAUUGGUUUGGAUCAAGAAGGUCAUUCUGAGAGAGAUAGCAAGAGAGUUGGCUAAAGACGGCACGCUCAAUAGUUUUGGAAAGAAAAGAAAGAAGGGAUACUGGUCUGUAGUUGUUGACAUCAGUGGGGUCGAGUGUUGGUUUUUUGAGAAGGGGAGUAACUCUCGCUCUCUUGAAGACGGAAGGGACAUGGCCAGCGGUCAAGGAUGAGUUGAUCAGCGAGGUGAGGUAGGGGAGAAGGUCACCGGAGAUGGUCUGGAGAAGGGAGGAGGGGAUGGGGUCAAGCGGGCAGGUUGUUGGGCGGCCUGCAGUCACAAGUCGCAGGAUCUUAUCUGGAGAGAGAGGGGAGAAAGAAGUCAAAGCAUAGGGUAGGGCAGUGUGAGCAGGACCAGCAGUGUCAUUAGGCUUAACAAACAAGGAUCGGAUGUCGUCAACCUUCUUUUCAAAGUGGUUGACGAAGUCAUCCACAGAGAGAGAGGAGGGGGGGAGGGGGGGGGGGGAGGAUUCAGGAGGGAGGAAAAUGUGGCAAAGAGCUUCCUAGGGUUAGAGGCAGAUGCUUGGAAUUUAGAGUGGUAGAAGGUGGCCUUAGCAGCAGAAACAGAUGAAGAAAAUGUAGAGAGGAGGGAGUGAAAAGAUGCCAGGUCGGCAGGGAAUUUAGUUUUCUUCCAUUUCCGCUCCGCUGCCCGGAGCUCUGUUCUGUGAGCUCGCAAUGAGUCAUCAAGCCACGGAGCUGGAGGGGAGGACCGAGCCGGCCGUGAGGAUAGGGGACACAGAGAGUCAAAGGAUGCAGAAAGGGAGGAGAGGAGGGUUGAGGAGGCAGAAUCAGGAGAUUGGAGGGAGAAGGAUUGAGCAGAGGGAAGAGAUGAUAGGAUGGAAGAGGAGAGAGUAGUGGGAGAGAGAGAGCGAAGGUUGCGGCGGCGCAUUACCAUCUGUGUAGGGGCAGAGUGAGUAGUGUGGGAGGAGAGUGAGAGAGAAAAGGAAACAAAGUAGUGGUCGGAGACUUGGAGGGGAGUUGCAGUGAGAUUAGUAGAGGAGCAGCAUCUAGUGAAGAUGAGGUCAAGCGUAUUGCCUGCCUUGUGAGUAGGGGGGGACGGUGAGAGGGUGAGGUCAAAAGAGGAGAGGAGUGGAAAGAAGGAGGCAGAGAGAAAUGAGUCAAAUGUGGACAUAGGGAGGUUGAAAUCCCCCAAAACUGUGAGGGGUGAGCCAUCCUCAGGGAAGGAACUUAUCAAGGCGUCAAGCUCAUUGAUGAACUCUCCAAGGGAACCUGGAGGGCGAUAGAUGACAAGGAUAUUAAGCUUAAAUGGGCUAGUGACUGUGACAGCAUGGAAUUCAAAUGAGGAGAUAGACAGAUGGGUUAGGGGAAAAAUUGAGAAUGUCCACUUGGGAGAGAUGAGGAUUCCUGUACCACCACCCCUCUGACCAGAUGCUCUCGGGGUAUGCGAGAACACAUGGUCAGACGAGGAGAGAGCAGUAGGAGUAGCGGUGUUUUCAGUGGUGAUCCAUGUUUCCGUCAGCGCCAGGAAGUCGAGGGACUGGAGGUUGGCAUAGGCUGGGAUGAAGUCAGCUUUGUUGGCAGCAGAACGGCAGUUCCAGAGGCUGCCUGCGACCUGGAACUCCACGUGGGUGGUGCGUGCAGGGACCACCAAAUUGGAGAGGCAGCAGCCACGCGGUGUGGUGCGUUUGUGUAGCCUGUGCAGAGAGGAGAGAACAGGGAUAGGCAGAGGCAUAGUUGACAGGCUGUAGCAAAUGGCUACAAAAAUGCAGAGGAGAUCGGAAUGAAAUGGGCUAAGCAUCUGGGAGUGGAGAGAGCAGGGCCUCCCUCACCAAAUCUUCUAGCUCGGAAACUAAAAUUGUUUCACUGAACCACCCGAACAAAAACUCUCCCAACUUCCGCCUUUGGAAAUCAGAAUUGUUGUGAACCACAGCGGUUCAAUGUUUAAAGGAGUAGACUCAACCCACUUUGUUCAGCUAGCCAACUAUGACUCCAUAGCCAACUAGCAGACUAGCAUCCAAUAACAAUAACACACCGUUUAGCGCCAACACUUGGUCACAACAAACCACCAAUAUUGUGAUAUCACACUAAACAGAUCAUUCGUGUCUGUGUCAAGUUCCUUAUAUGACGCAGCAAUGAUUAGACGUUGGCUAGCUAGGACAAGUUAAUUGUGGUUAGCUACUACAGUACAGCCAAAUGGUCAUGUUGGGUAGCUAGCAAUGGCCACUGUGUCGACUCUGUUUGAAGAACGGCUAGCUAGCUAGCUUCGUGCUACAGCUGGCACGGCCGAGGACACUGCCAAGACACAGUAACUACCCACAACAACCCACGAAGCCUAGCUAUGACGCCGUAGCCAACCUGCAAGCUAGCAUCCAUUAACACACAACUUAGCAUCAACACCUGGCCACAACAAACUGCCAAGAGUGUGUCAGCACACCAAACAGACAAUUCAAGUCCGUGUCGAGUUCCCUUCACAACGCAGCAAAAAAAAUAAAAUAAUAAUAAUAAUAAUAAUAAUAAUUAAACGUUGGAACCAGCUCUCCAGCGUUGCUAAUCGUUACCAAUAGCUACCCGCUAGCUAGCUAGCCUCGUGCCUCGAUACUAGUCCACAAUUACCUAUGGAAAGCUACUACAACCACAAUACUAACCUACAAUAAAUUCAAUACCUAACUACAGCUAGCUACCUACCUACGAUCUAAUACAUGGUUAAGCAAAAGUUAAACGUUGGGUAGGAGUACAUUACCGUUGGAACCAGCUCUCCAGCGUUGCUAAUCGUUACCAAUAGCUACCCGCUAGCUAGCUAGCCUCAUGCCUCGAAACUAACCCACAAAUUACCCACGGAAAGCUACAAUAACAACAAUACUAACCUACAAUAAAUACAAUACCUAACUACAGCUAACUACCUACCUACGAUCUAAUACAUGGUUAAGUAUUGUUGCAAUGCCAAGCGUCGGCUGGAGUGAUGUAAAGCUCGCCGCUAUUGGACUCUGGAGCAGUGGAAACGUGUUCUCUGGAGUGAUGAAUCACGCUUCAACAUCUGGCAGUCCGACGGAAGAAUCUGGGUUUGGUGGAUGCCAGUAGAACGCUACCUGCCCCAAUGCAUCAUGCAAACUGUAAAGUUUGGUAGAGGAGGAAUAAUGGUAUGGGGCUGUUUUUCAUGGUUCGGGCUAGGCCCCUUAGUUCCAGUGAAGGAAAAUCUUAAUGCUACAGCAUACAAUUACAUUCUAGACGAUUCUGUGCUUCCAACUUUGUGGCAACAGUUUGGGGAAGGCCCUUUCCUGUUUCAGCAUGACAAUGCCCCCUUGCACAAAGCGAGGUCCAUACAGAAAAGGUUUGUCGAUCGGUGUACUGUACUUUCAUUGGUUGGAAACAUUGACUUAACUUCCCUUCUGUUCCAAUUCCUCCCUUCAUUCCAGAUCAAGCGUCCGUAUUUCCACGUGAAGCCUUUGGACCGGACCCAGCUGAGGGCCUGGCACUCCUACCUGGAUUGGGAGCUCACCCAGCUGGGAGGGGGGGAUGAAAAGGAGGUGAAGACCGAGACAGAGCCAGAGGCCAUGGAGGGCCAGGAAGAGGAGGAGAAGGAGGAGUCAAAGAGCAGUGGGAUCGUUGCCGGGGGUGACCAGAGGGUACGGAUCCUGUUUGAGCGCUGUCUGAUUGCCUGCGCUCUCUACGAGGAGUUCUGGACCAAGGUAAAGAUGGGCUGCAGGGGUGUGUGGGUCAGUAACGUGUUUGUAUGUCAGUGUAACUAAUGUGUACUGUAUGUAUGUUUCUCAGUAUGUUCAGUACCUGGAACCUCAGAGUCUGGACGAGGCGCGGGGAGUGUUCCGGCGAGCCUGUGAGAUCCACCUGGCCCACAAACACACCAUGCACCUGCAGUGGGCCACCUUCGAGGAGAGGCAUGGUGAGAGAGGAAGACACAUCACAGUGUUCACCUCUUCACUUUGACCUCAAAUGAAACACAGGACACCAUUACCCAGUGUUGUAGCCCACUCACGCCCUCUUCCCCUCCAUCUCCUCCCAGGUGACCUAACAGAGGCGCGGCAUGUGUUGGAGGCUCUGGAAACCUCCGUGCCGGGAUUGGCCAUGGUCCGGCUGCGCAGGGCGGGGCUAGAGAGACGGGCGGGCCGGCUAGACGAAUCAGAAGCUCUGCUCAGGGACGCGGUGGCCCAGGCCAAAGAGACGCCUCACCUCCAUGCGUUCUACUCCAUCAAACUGGCCAGGCUGCUGCUGAAGCUCUGCAAAAACCCCAGCAAGGCCAGGGGAGUCCUGCAGGAGGCGCUGGAGAUUAGCCCGGUGAGAGGAGGGGGGGGUAGAACUCUGAGAGGGGGGUGGGGGGUAGAACUCUGAGAGGGGGGUGGGGGGUAGAACUCUGAGAGGGGGGUGGGGGGUAGAACUCUGAGAGGUGGGGGGGGAGAACUCUGAGGGGAGAAAAGGAUUAAGCAUUGACUGAAAAAGGAAAGGAUCACAUUUAAGAUGAAAUUGGGAUUGAAUAUCAGGGGGAUGGAAAAUAGCCUUGAUCUAAACCACAGCAUAAUUUAUAAUGAUUUGUCUUUCCCUUGUCAAUUUCCCCUAUGUCCUCCAGGAUAACGGGAAGCUGCAUCUGAACCUGCUGGAGCUGGAGGUGUCUGGUGACCCCAGAGGGUCGGCCGAGGGGGUGCAGCAGUGUGUGACGCGGGCGCUGGCCGCACCCCUCUCCCCGCGGACCAAGAUCCUUUUCUCCCAGAGGGGCCUGCAGUACGCUGAGGACUAUGGGACCUCUGUGCGAAGGUAAGGGGUCAUAGGAUUGUUUGUUGUUUUUAGAUACAAUCAGGAACCCAAAGAAAAUUAAACAAGGCAUUUUAUUCUGCCCAUAUUUUAUUUAAUGGUAUGAAAUCAACCAACCAACCAGGAGAAAUGCAAUUUACCAUGUUUUAAAUGACUGUACUGUUUCUGUCCUAUGGCCUGCAGUGUGCUAACAGUCUAUGAUGAGCAUCAGAAGCUGCUGAAAGAGCUUGGCAACAAGAAGAGAGUGGCUGAGAACGGGUGAGAUUAUAGCAUAUCUUUCAAUAUCAUGCAAGGGUUUAUGACCGAUUCAAAUUGUGUGAUGUGGUGACACAAAAAUGUUUGACUUUACCGUAAACUGGAGAAGCAAAGGGAUAAACUGUUAAUGGAUUGGUUAUUGACGCAGUUGUUGUAUUGAUUGAUCUGCAGAGACAGUGAGGACCCAGAGAAGAUGAAUAAAGGAGAAGAUGGCUCUGCUGUUCCCGCUCCACCACAGGCCCCUCCCACAAUGCCCCAUGUUCCCAUGACGACCCCACCUCCACCCAUGAUGGGUGGGGACAUGAGUGCGGCUCAUGCAGGCUACGGAGGAUACGGAAGCUGGUAUCAGGUAUGACAGGGAUUGUUACACUGUACAAACUGAUACAUGAGACCAAACUAGGCUACAUACAGUCUUAUAAGAUCAGUACAUCUUUUGAAAUUUAGCCAGAUAUUAGAGGAGAGACACUAAAGCCCUCAAAUUCAAAUCUGAACAUCGAAGCCAGUUCCACUGCUUUUUUUUAUUUUUAUUCUUCCCCUCUAAUCAGGGACUGAUUUAGACCUGGGACACCAGGUGGGUGCAAUUAUCAGGUAGAACAGAAAACCAGCAGUAGUCCGAACCUCGUAGGGUAAGAUUUGAAUACCCCUGCACUAAAAUGUUGAUCAGAGAUAGGGUGUUCCUUCACUUGCCCUUUUUUUUAAGGUGUUCUUCUCUUUCAGCAACCACAGUAUGGGGGAUACGGAGGCGGCUACCAGCAACCCUGGAACUACAAUCAGGGUUACUACCCUCCCAGCUAAAGGGGAAGAGAAACGCCAUGACACGCCAACAGACAGCAGGGGUUGCCAGAGAUGAUUCAGCAUUGAAGACCCAGUGUUCACCACCACCUCAGUUUAAACUCCAUGG